GGGCCGGGACCCGUGAUGAGCGAGCCCAUCGAAACGUCACCCGCUGGCUGCCCUCCCCGCACCAAACCAAAGAACCCAAAUCCUCUCACCAUCCACCUACCACCAACGCAUCCCCCGUCCCCCACCCACCUCCCCCCUCCACCCCCGCGGCAAAGACCAGAUCUGCAAUCCCCUCAGCUCGGCCUUGCGCGCUUCUUGGGCCGAGCCCCAGCGAGUCCGAUCAUCUCCCCCCUCGGCUCGGCUCUCCAUUUUGGGACUUCCAGCAUGGCUGAUGAAACUGGCAAUGACAGUCAGAUGGUCGAAGGUAAUGAGAUUGUUGACCCUGGUAAUGAGGUAGUCCAUGGUGGCGAGUUGGUCGAAGUUGAUGAAUUAGCUCAAGGUGAUGAGUUAGCUCAAGGUGAGGACUUAACACAGGUUGAUGAAUUGCUCCAAGGGAAUGAGAUGGCCAUCACUGAGGUGGCCACUCCUCCAACCACGAGGCGCCGGAGAAAGAAGUCCCUGGUGUGGGAGCACUUCACUAUCGAAGAUGCUGCUGGAGGGGCCACUCGGGCUUGCUGCAAACUUUGCAAGCAAACCUUUGCGUACAGCUCUGGUUCAAAAAUUGCUGGGACUAGCCAUCUCAAGAGGCACAUCACCUUGGGUUCCUGUCCUAAGAUAAAAGGCCAAGGGCAUAAGCUAGCAAUCACAAUUGGGACUGACAAUGAUGGUGAUGGUACUGUGGAGAGGCGGUCUAAGAGGCGUUACAGAUAUACUGGUUAUGCGAAUGCGUCUUUCAAUCAAGACCGCAGUUGUUCAUACUUGGCAAAGAUGAUCAUUUUGCAUGACUACCCGCUCCACAUUGUUCAGCAACCAGCCUUCACUGCUUUUAUUGAUAGUCUGCAGCCUCGUUUCAGGGUUGCUGAUGUUGAUGCAAUGGAGGUGGAGGUGUAUGCUGUUUAUCAGAAAGAAAAAGAGAACCUUUUGCAAGCAUUCAGCACCAUGCCUGGAAGGAUCAGCCUCACUAUUGGAUUGUGGACAACUAGUCAAACUCUUGGCUAUGUUUCAGUUUCUGGGCAGUUCAUUGACUCUGAAUGGAAAUUACAUCGAAGAAUGCUUAGCUUCAUGAUGGUGUCUUCGCCUCAUUCGGAGAAUGCACUUAGUGAAGCUAUUAGCUCAAGCCUUACUGACUGGAGUAUGAAGGAGAAGCUAUUUACCAUCACGUUGGAUAAUGAUUGCUCAUCUCAUGAUAUAUACAGUGCAAAUCUUAGAGAUUAUCUCUCCAGUAAGAAUAACCACAUGCUUAAGGGCCAGCUGUUUGUUGUGAGGUGCUAUGCCCAUAUCCUGAAUGCAGUUGCAGAAGAUGUCAUUGCUUUAAUCCACGGUGUCAUCUACAGUAUCCGUGAAAGCAUAAAGUUCAUAAAAGCUUCUCCUAGUCGCGAGGAAAAGUUCGCUGAGAUUGCUCUGCAGCUGGAGAUCCCCAGUACGAAGACCCUUUGUCUGGAUGUUACAACCCAGUGGAACACAACCUAUCUGAUGCUCUUGGCCGCCUUGGAUUAUAGGCAGGCUUUCAUUACACUAGAAACAGUUGAUGAUAACUACAAUGAAGCACCUUCAGCUGAGGACUGGAAGAAAAUUGAGGCUGCCUGCAAUUACUUGAGGCUGCUCUAUGACUCGGCUCAUAGCAUCAUGGCAGCAGGAAACCCAACCUCAAACAUUUUCUUCCAUGAAGCUUGGAAACUGCAGCUAGAGCUGGCAAAUGCUUCAGCACACGAAGAUCCAAUUUUCAGUAGCGUUGCCAAAGAUAUGUAUGAGAAGUUUGACAAAUACUGGAAAGAUUGCAACCUUGUGUUGGCUGUUGCUGUUGUGAUGGAUCCACGUUUUAAGAUGAAGCUUGUUGAGUUCAGUUACUCAAAGAUUUAUGGAGUUGAGGCUGCGAAGUAUGUCAAGGUGGUAAAUGAUUCUGUGCAUGACCUUUUUAAGGAUUAUGUUGCACAGCCGCUCCCCUUAACACCGGCCUAUGUUGAACAAGGGAAAACUGAUAAUGUUACUGCCAAUGGGAACAACACCCAAGCAACUCAACCUUCAACUGGUGAUGGUCUUCAAGACUUUGAUAUAUAUCUUUCUGAGAUUGCUACAACCCAGCCCUCAAAAUCUGAACUAGAGCAGUACCUGGACGAGUCUCUCACUCCUCGUAUCCAAGAGUUUGACAUUCUUAACUGGUGGAAGCUCAACACGCUCAAGUAUCCGACGCUCUCAAAGAUGGCGCGGGAUAUCUUGUCCAUUCCGGUGUCCAUGGUGACCGGCGGCAGCUCUAUUUUUUCUGCAGGAACAGGAGGCCACAUGCUCGAUGACUACAGAAGCUCGCUCCGUCCGGAGAUCGUGGAGGCGCUUGUCUGUGCGAAAGACUGGCUUCCGUAUUCGACCACAGCACCAGAGGCGCUGGGCUCUGAGCUUCUCAAGAUAGACUAGGCGUGCUUCCUCGCUGAAGCAUGCACAUAUCUUCUGGUGCCUGUGAGUGGUCUCUUUAACCGUAGUCGUAUUUUAGGCAGAGUUUGUGGACUGGCUGCGAUGGAUUUCAUUGGUUCUGUCCUAGAAUAUAAUUUGAUGUGUAGAACUCUGUUAACUCCUCCAUGCCGCUAUGUGCCCCUCUCUUGGUGUUGUAAUGUGUGAUCAGAGAUGUUAUCUGGCGUUGUUUGGGAUUGUGUAUUUACCAGCAACGUAAUGUACCAGCCGGUGGUUUAUGUG